AUGUCAAAAUCCAACAAUGCUACCGAUACGCCAGCUCAACCCUGGCAUGCAGCCUACCCAACGCCGAAAUCCACCGCCCCAACCGUAUCACGAGUAGAAGUCCUAAAAUGGCUACAAGAAGGUAGAAAGGACUUUAUCCUAGUGGACCUCCGACGCUCGGAUUUCGAGGGUGGCACCAUUCGCGGAUCAUUGAAUCUACCUGCCCAGUCUCUCUACCCUUCUCUCCCAACUCUGUACACUGCUCUUUCUGGUGGUAAUGUCAAACACGUGCUUUGGUACUGUGGCUCAAGCGGAGGACGCGGGACUCGUGCGGCCGCGUGGUUUGCGGAUUACCUUGAGAAUCAAGAUACGGAUUUACAGAGUUUAGUUCUUGAAGGUGGUAUUAAAGGUUGGGUUGCUUCCGGGAAAGAUUAUACGGACUGGAUGGAUGGAUAUGAUGCUAGUGUGUGGACUAAGUAG